GAAGUUACAGAUGGCCGUCUCAAAUCAACAACCGGUGCAGUGAACGAGGCAAGUGACGCGGUUAUGUACGCAAAACAAUCGCGUCAGACGCGCAAAACGUCGUGAAACAUUAGUGAAAGCAAGACUUGGCUCGAUCCAUCGUUACUUUUACGAAUUGGUUUUAUCAUCAGUGACGUACGGUUUUGGAACACCGAGACGAAAUACGAUUUGCUGUUUGAGGAUGAGCGCGAACAAUGUGCAAGCACUUUUUGCGUGUUCACGAUGCUUUUCUAGGCAUCCUUUCGAGGAGCUCUCCCCAGGACAACAAUUGUGCAAGGAAUGCAGGGGUGCAUUUCCUGUGGUGAAAUGUACAUAUUGUAGAUCAGAAUUUCAACAAACAAUAAAGGGUAAUACAAGCACUAUUUGUAAGAAAUGCGAGCAGAAUGUGAAAUCCUAUGGUAAGCCAUCGGCCUGUGAAUAUUGCAAUACCAUAGCUGCAUUUAUUGGUAGUAAAUGUCAAAGAUGUACAAAUUCUGAAAAACGUUAUGGGCCACCAGUCACUUGUGAGCAAUGCAAACAGAAGUGUGCCUUUGACAGACAAGAUGAAGAUAAGAAAGUUGAUGGAAAAUUAUUAUGUUGGCUGUGUACACUAUCAUACAAACGAGCACUGGCAAAAACGAAACAAUCCGAUGCUGAAAGGAGGGCACAUUUGAAACUAGCACAACAACGAGCAGCAAAGCACAAAGAACAAAAAUUAAAAAGUCACAAUAAGAGACCACACAGAGUCGAUGUAACGAAAUUGCCGCCUCAGUCCGAAGGUGCAGACACGAACGGUCCGACACCAGUGAAAGUAGCGCGGAUGGGUGGUGUCCACGAUCCACAUGAUCCUAACAGUUCAGAUCAUGUAGUUGCGGUUACUCAACUUAAAGAAAAGAUAGCCCAUCUUCAAAAACAAAUUUCUAUUAAGGAUGGGCAAUUACUCGCUAAGGAUAGACAAAUUACAGAAUUAAAAGCUAAAAAUUUCACGUCGGAAACAGAGCUGCGUAACAAGAUGAAAGCGUCAGAGAAAGAAUACGAAACCAAAAUAUCGACGAUGCAACAUAAGAUCUCCUCUUUGUUGAAAGAAGUUGCUUCCCUAUCGAAAAGUUCUAAGCGGGGUGAUAGAGUGGCUGCCACGAAAACAGAAGCUGGGACCAACAGUGGAAGUGGAACAGACAGUCCUGUACCUUGAUAAGGUAGGACAUUUCACAUCAUCAUUAUUCUUUGUCAAUUAAUGUCCGAACGAUCAUAUUCUAUAUUUACACUUUAAUUCGUCGACGCAACAUAUUUAUAAUAAAAUGUUGUAAUUGAGUAUAUAUUUAGUGUUUGGAAUGAUAUUUUAUUUGUGAUUUUUAACGUUCGUGGCUUCUUAAUAUUUAAUUUCUGAUAAGGGCCGAACGUUAUCAGGAUUCCAUUUUUUGCGCUUUUAGUGAUCUAUUAUUUCCAAAUAUGUGUAUAAGAAUAUAUAACUUUCGCUACCUCGCUCCUAUAUUUCUAUACGAUGUUGUAUUCUUUUGGGAUUUUGCGAUACGAAAACUUAUAGUUUCAUUUAUACCCUAAGAACGAUUCGACGCUAAUAUAUUUUUGUGUUAAGAACGCGUUUCAACAAGUUCAAUUAUUUUGAUGCUACGAUUGCAAUAACCACUGUUACUAUGAGUCUUCUUUAUCAUUUCUUUUUUUUGUGCGUUAUCGUUGCUUAAAUGUUUUUGAUAUUGAAAUUUACAGCACCGCCGAUAACUUGUACUUGUACUCCUCGCGGUUCUGUAAGAUAGCACGAAGUAAAAAAAUUAUUUUUCGGCGUGUGUUUUAAACAAUGUCUGUUCUAGACCAAGAACGUGUAAUUUUUCUGCGAGAUGAAAGAAAUUUUAAAAUUAUUUUCAGGGACUUGGUUAGCCGUGACAACAUACUCGAAUGUCCAUACCCGCAUAAAUCAUGUAGUAUAUUACAUAUAGCUAAUUGUUUCCAUUAACAAGGCAAAAUUUGUAUUAUUUUUCUAAUUAAUAUAGGAAUAUAUAUUAUCUUCGACGUGUACACGGAAAGUUUUACACGUUCUUCUAAUGGGGGAUGAUGUUGAUGAUGAUAAUGAUGAUAACGAUGUGCAAAAGAAAAGGAGUUAUUCGUAAGUUAGGUAGCUUUCUCUUCCCUUUUGUUCCAUUUCACGAUCAUCCCGUGAACGUGAUUUUCUGCGAUUUCAAUGCCGCGACAGAUUUGUUUAUAUGAUAUUCUAUCUGAAUUGUACAAUAAUAAAUCGGAGAGGCAUUUGGUCCAAGAGAUUUUUAAACUUAAACGAUCGAAGUUGAUACUUGCGAGAAAUGAAUAGAGUUAUAUGCAGACACAUACAUACAUACACACACUAUAAUUGAGCAAUAGUGCUGCUGUAACAUUUUCCUAUCUAUAACGAUGAAGAUGUAAUGACAAUGCACCAGAAUAUGGUGAUUGUAGAUCAAUUUACAAUAAAAGGUUAAAAACGA